AUGGACGAGGAGGAGUCGGGUGGGAAGGAGCGAGAUGAGGCGGAUGAAUGUGUUGAUCGACUCACCAAGAUCACUGGUGGCUGGCAAUGGUCUGCAGUCUAUAAAUCCAACACAGACAGAAGGAUCCGCUGGUACCCUUUCUAUCCCAUCAAUAGCGACAACAAUAGAUGCGGAUACAUACACAAAGCAUACGUAUUGGGUUGGUUCCUUUAUAAUGAAGAUUGCACGAAGACGUUCAGCUUUGUGUGCCAGCGCUAUUCCCCAACAGGAACAGGUAUAUCAUUUUCUACCUCAACGCUCUCCCCAGCGAAGAAUCACUCAUCCACAACGACAGUGCUUCUAUCUACUCGUACAUCUUCUGCUCCCAGGAUACAUACAGUCUCACCCGCUACGACCACCACACUCACUAAGUCAUUCGCGCAGCAAAACACUUCUCGGAUAACCAAACCAAGCACCUCAACACUGAUGACGCAAUAUAUCUCACCAAAACCGAUUUCAGUGUCACCUGAAGAGUCUUCCGCGACGAAAACCCAAUUGCCUACAACACAUCAUAUCACUCAGUCCAGUACCAUGGCAAUACCGACCCAGGCCAUUGGUCCAAAGCCGACUGCACCCAUCGCGCAAGCACCGCACGGUGAUCAUUCCACUUCCUCCAGCUGGACAACGAAAACAUCAUUUACUGGUAAUCCGGUCUAUUCUGAUGGAAGGAUCGGGCCAACAACUCAUUAUUUGGCACAGGUAUCGAGAGAGGCUAAGAACUCCAAUGCGUACACUGUUGAGUUUAUCCCAACUGCUACCGCUGGUAAUGGCGACAACAAUCUGGUGAAACCUAGCAAGGAGAAGCAGUCCUCGACUACACCUAUUGGUGUUAGUGUAGCCGUCUUAGCUGUGAUCAUCAUAGCCGUUCUAAUCCUAGUUGUAUGGAAGAAACGGCAACAAGGGAAGUUUGGCCUUGCGUUACAAGCCAGGCCCACCGUACUGCACAAUAACCUCGCCUCACGUACAUGUAAGAAUCCUUCAAAUCAACAGCCUUCCAUCGGUGUUCUAAUUGACGAACCGAAUCAGCUCCAGGAUGAGUUCCAGGGAAAUCUUGAGGAUGAUGCCCCCGCUCGUAACUGUUCCGUCUUUACUCGUGGAGCUAUAUUGGAGAGCUCCUAUGCAGUGAUUGGUGCAGAAAGUGUCAGAGACAGCAGCAAACUUGCAUCUGAAGGACCAUUGAAGGGUGAGAUUCGCAGUUCUGAUGUUGGUAAAGUCUCCUCGAACCAAUCAGAUAGGCCAACGGACUUCAAAGUCGCUAGGGAAAGCAGCAGCCUGAAAUCUGAAGGCAUUGCCUUUACAUAUGGAGUCGUAUCUCACUUUCAGGGACAGCAGAUUGUGAAUGCAAAGACAACUGAGACUGCAGCUGAUACGAUGGACGAAGGAAUCUUUCCAAAACCAGAUGAGAGCGCGUAUGACAACCAAAUGCCUCUCCAGUUAAUGAACACCACAGGAUUAUAUUCCCUGGCCCAGAACGCUAUGCAAAGUGUUGGUGAUGGGGCAUACGCAAACGCUCUUUCGCCACUCCAGCCUGCUACGAAGACUACAGCCGACCAAGAUCUCAAUGCGGAUCAGUACGACAACUUCACGUUUGUGUCCGGAGCUGGCAAGCAGGGGACCACCUCAGCAAACCCAGUGGAAUCUGUUUACGACAACGAAGUGAAACUGUCGAAGCCAACUACCGCAGAUGAACACACAUACAACACCCUGCGGGAGAUAACCGAACAGGUUCCAGCCGAGCCGACGUCCCUAUAUGACGUAUUGGAUCGAUCUCAGUUUCGUGCAAAUGAUGGCAUUUCGCAGACAACCAAUCCAAAGGAGCAAGUAGAGGCCAGUGGUCAUCCAGGUGAAUGUACGUAUGAUAGCACAAAAGUGAUAUGAAAGACUUCUCAAGUUCUUCUCAAUGCUAUCAUUCCCAUCCUCCAUUUUUUGUGUAAAUCGAAUUCCCGUGAACACACACACGCGCGCGCGCGACCAGCACACACAAACACACAAUCACACAUACACACACACAAAACACAAAACGUGCACACGCACACACUCACACAUACACGCACACACACACACGCACACAAACGUACAAACGCACACAACACACAAAACACGAACACAGCCAUUUUCUGACAGUUCCCAUGGUCAGCUGUCACCUUUCAGCUGUGUGUUGGGCCCUGGUUAAUAGAGCACUGUUUGCUCAAUUUUAUCUUCUCUCUAUCAUGAAUUACAAACCUCACUCGUUCAAUUCUAUUGUAGAUAGCAUGCAUUCCCUUUAGAGACUAACAGUAGCACUUCACGGCUCUCUUCAGAAAUACAACAAUACCUAAGCAGGAGAUCUCGGCGUAUACAUGUAAGCCCAUCAUCGCAACCAGCGCACAAACUUACUAAUCACAUUUUCAUCCAUUCUGAUGUCACGUGUCGUGACUGUAGUCUUUAUGAGUAGCGCCAAUGCUCUAAAACAUCCGAAAGUCGUACAACAGAUUCCAACUGUUAGGUUAUCGCAGCCGUGCGUAUAAUUCUUUUUUGACAAGGAGUCAGUUUUGUGCCCCUUUGCCGCACCUGCCGACUGUAUAACUAUCAUCUCGUCACAUUGAUGGACAGUUGGUCAUAACUCGACACAUGUUGUCCUUUCUUUAUUUAUCCAUGAUUAAAUUGGCUCAACAUCCCAGUUCAAAUUGUUUUUUGCUUCUCCUUACCACAGUCGAUAAAACGUGCAUCACUUCGCCAGUGAAGUUGUAUCUCAGGCUUGGUAUUAUCGCAAUAAGUGGCAAGCGUUAUGUAGCAUAGUUGCCCAUACAUCGCCACAUUUUACAGUGCUAUCGUUUCUGAAUGUCCCAUCAUAUUCUCACCUGUAUGUUAAUCUCUUAUCAAUUACG